CCGGCGCACACGCGCAUGCAGUCACGUCUUCCCACCUUUCCUCCUCUCGCCACCAACACCGUCACUGGCCAUCCCUUUUUCUCGGCCCUUUGUCCAUCUCCCCCUGCGCCCUCUGUUGUCCCGCUCUCCUGGUCCCCUCCACAAUGAGGCAUCCUACGUCGAUAGUUUCUCGGCUGCUGGUAGCCCUCUUGCUGCUCCUCUCGCCGCUGCUCAUGGGUCUGGCCGUGGCCGAGCGGGCAACUGGCGUCCCGCACCAGCAGGCAAAUGCUAUCCUGGGCACUGGGACCAUGGCUCCCCUCGGCGGGCCAGCUACCGGGAAGAAGGCCGCCAUCCGGGGGAUCCAAAAGUACUGUCAGUGCGGCUGCCCGGAUCUCUCCUCGCGUGUGGUGGAAAUUGGCCACUGCUCCGAAUGCACGGUGGCCGAUCUGUGCGAGACUGUUUGCAAGCCACCGGGUGGGUCCUCCUCCAGCUCGGUCCCCUCGGCGCCAUCCUCCGCCGGCGGCUUCGGUUCGGCCCCCCUCGAAGCCAAUGACUCGUGCAACUCGACCACCGCCAAGUGCUUCACUCGCGACUCGCACUUCACCCGGGCCGUCAUCUUCUUGUUCAUUGUGUUGGCAGCCAUCCUGAUAGCGUAUGCUCUCCUGCGGGAAGUCAUCGAUUUCGGGGUAGCCCUCUUCAAGAAAGCCACCAAACCCCAGCGGAACAGACGCGACUAGGUUCAUGCAUUGACAGAGUCCCGGCGGUCCCCUACACAACGCGGCAGGGUUUGCCUGCAUAGCUGCUGUCGGAGCUGUUCCCCUUCUUUUGCAUGGUCAAUGUAUGAGUGUUAUUUUCUUCUA